UCGCUGCCUGAAGAGCUCAGUUAGCUGGAGCUAGGGCUGGUUGAUUGUUGGACUGUUAUCUACUAUGAAAUAAUGUCUACACUUCACACGGCUGCUAGAGGUCAGCCGCAAGUGUACGAUGGUGGUGAUGAGCUGCCAAGCUGCCUGUACGCUGCUCGACCACACCCAAGGCUGACGCCAUAUUUGCAACAUCUACAACAUGCAGGAGACGAGAGCGGCCACGACACGAGAGGAGGCGGCGCUGACGAGGUGUUCUUCGGUGCCGGAGGCGGCAGUUUGGCCGGGGGCGGUGGCGGGGGCGGCAGUCCGUACCGCGUGCAGCGACAGGCGGCCAACAUACGCGAGCGCAAACGCAUGCUGAGGUCAGAGCCGCGCGGCGGUCGUCCACAGUCCGAGAGACCGCCUGUCAAAAUCAGCAUCAACUCGGCGUUCGACGAGCUACGAGGCCACGUGCCUACCUUUCCCUAUGAGAAGCGCCUCAGCAAGAUCGACACCCUGCGCCUAGCCAUCGCCUACAUAGCCCUGCUGCGGGAGGUGCUCACUGCUGACUGCGACCCGCUCACCUACGUCGAAAAGUGCCUGCGUCAGCCAAACGCCAACGCUAACUCGGCCGAUCGCGCCGAGUGGAACACUUCAGAUUUGACAGCUCGUCUCUCAUGGAUAAACUGGGAAAACCUUGGCGUAAAUCCAAAUCGACGCAGUGUUCUAACGUCACUCGCUCUCACUACUGAUAACAUCAACUAAUUAUUUAUCCUAGAAUGAAUAUUUUCAUAGAUCUCGCCAUGUGUAUUUCCCAUAAUAAUGAUAUUGGAAAAUUGAUCAUUAAUCCAUGUUGAAAAGUAUGUAUGGUGAGUUAGAUCAUAGACCGUUCAUCGUUUUGUUGUUGUAACCCUAAUACUAUACAAGUGAAACCCUGUGAGUUUUCAUUUCUUGCAGAAUGAGAUCAACUUGAACUAUUUCUAUCUAGUUUCUGGAUGUACUGCAGUGCAAUUUAUUAUAAUUAUCAUCUAUAAUUUGAAAACUUCAAAAUAAUUCAAAUAUCUGAAUUAUUCAAUAGUAGCUGAAAAUUGAAUUCGGCGGAUAAAUUAAAUUACGAGAAGGUGAAAUUGUGAUUUCAAAAUAUAUAUAUUACUAGCAGUCAAGCUCUCUUCGCUCGCCAUAUCCGUCUAGCGAGGGGGCUCCGCCCCCUGGACCCCGACUAGAUCGUCCAAGGAUGAGAUCAGCAGGCUCGCUUCGCUCGUCUGCAUUUUUCAUUUGAUCAUUUUUAUCAUAUGUUAGGACGAUCCAGUCGGGGGUCCAGACUAAACGUCUGGCUAAACGGAUAUGGCGAGCGAGCCUGACGGCUAGUAAUAUAAUAUUCCCAAGAAUAGCUCUGAUUGAAGUAGCAGUGCCCAAUCAAUUUUUCCGUGAUAAAUGCAUUUCAAUCUUCAACUUGGUGCCAACCUAACAAAGUCAACUCAACUUAAUGCCAACCUGAAAAAAUUAUUAACGUAUUUACCAGUUAACAACUGUUUCGAAGAGGUACUCUCUCUAGAUUAUAGUUCUAUAUUAACAUAAUUAUGGUAUGGACAUUUUUCAAUUAUAAUUAAGAGAAUAAGAAGAAUAUACAUGCUAAAAGACGAACUUUAAACCCUUAAAAACCACCCUUGGGGUUAAAAUGUUGCCAAAAGAUUUCUUAGUGCGCCUCUAAAGGGCCAACUGAACAUACCUACCAAAUUUGAACGUUUUUGGUCCGGUAGAUUUUUAGUUCUGCGAGUGAGUGAGUGAGUGAGUCAGUCAGUCAGUCAGUCAGUGAGUGCCAUUUCGCUUUUAUAUUAUAUAGAUAUAUUCAAGUUUCUGAAAGUUCUAAACCUAUAAUAUGCUCUUGAUUCAGUGAAAAAUUUGAUUUAUCAGGAAUACAAAUGUUUAAAAACGAAAUGGAUGAAAAAUCGGUUGUGCAGAAACCUAUUGGGUUCUUGAUUUUUGUAACAAGCUUUAAUGAAUAUUUUGUUUCAAAAAUAGAAAUAUUAAUAAUUCUAGUCCUACAAAUGAGUCAUUUUGGAAUUUUAGGGCCAGUGCAAUUUUUCAUGUUUUUAGUACAUAAGCAUUUUUGUAAAAAGCAUUAUUGUAAUAAGUAUUAUCAAUAAAAGUAUGUUAUUAUAUUAGCA